GAGUCCAAACUGCCCAUUUGUCCCGGCGCAACCCCCCCAUCUCCGCAGCCCUUCCGCACCACACCACGCUUCCCCUGUGCGCCUGUGCCACUCGUCUCUUCUCCUCCUGCAGGCUGCAAGCCAGCACAUGACGACGGGGCCUUGGGGCCGUGGCGGUCGCGCCACGACCACCACAACCAGCCUCGCGCUCCUCCUGCUGCUGCUCGCGUGCGUCGCCGGCUGCUCCAUCUCGUCCGUGCGCGCCCAGGCCACGGUGUUCACCGGCACCGUCGCCGGCAGGGAGAUCACCAACUUCUCCUUCCCCAAGUUCGACCAGAACCGAGUCCAGCUCGCCACCAACCUGACGUUCACCGGCAACGCCAGCGUCAGCCAGGGCGCGCUCCAGGUUACCCCGGACAGCGCCAACAACUUCGAGAGGUACCUCGUCAACCAGACGGGCCGCAUCUUCUACUCCACGCCGUUCCUGCUCUGGGCCUCCAACGCGUCCAACGCCACCGCCGACGGGCGGCACGUCGCGUCCUUCUCCACCGUGUUCCAGAUCAACCUCUACCGCGCGAACAAGACCGUCAAGGGCGAAGGGCUCGCGUUCGUCGUCGCGUCCGGGGUAGAUGACCCGCCGCCCGGCAGCGACGGCGGGUACCUCGGCCUCACCAACGCGUCCACGGACGGCCUCGGCGCCAAUGGGUUCGCCGCCGUGGAGCUGGACACGGUGAAGCAGUCCUACGACCCCGACGACAACCACGUCGGGCUCGACGUCAACGGCGUCCACUCGACGGCCGCCAUCCCGCUCGCCCCCUACGGCGUCCAGCUCGCUCCCAGUGAUAAUAGCUCCUCCGGCGACUACAUGGUCUGGAUCGACUACAACGGCACGACGCGGCAUGUGUGGGUGUACAUUUCCCCGAACGACACCAAGCCGGCCACCGCCGUGCUCAACGCGUCGCUGGACCUCUCCACGAUCCUCCUCGACAAGACGGGCUACUUCGGCUUCUCGGCGUCCACCGGCGUGGACUACCAGCUCAACUGCGUCAAACUGUGGAACAUGACGGUGGAAGUGCUCCACGACGACAGUCUCCCCAAGACCAAGACGAAGCUGUCAGGCUGGAAGCUCGGGCUGGUCGUCGGCGUGCCGUGCGCCGCCGCGCUGGCGCUCGGGCUGCUCGCGGGCCUCUACUUGAUGAUGAAGAAGCGCAAGAAGCAGGUCGGGGACGACCCGAGCUCGGUAGUGUUCCACAACGCCAUUGACCUGAGGAGCAUCCCGGGCGUGCCCAAGGAGUUCGACUACAAGGAGCUGAGGAAAGGGACAAACAGCUUCGAUGACAAGAUGAAGCUGGGGCAGGGCGGGUAUGGCGUGGUGUACCGCGCCACCGUGCCCGGGGACAACGGACAGAGCAUGGAGGUGGCCGUGAAGCAGUUCUCCGGCGCCAACACCAAGGGGCAGGAGGACUUCCUCGCCGAGCUCAGCAUCAUCAACCGCCUCCGCCACCGGAAUCUCGUCAAGCUCGUCGGGUGGUGCCAUCAGGACGGCGUGCUGCUGCUGGUCUACGACUACAUGCCACAGGGCAGCCUCGACAGGCACCUCUUCGGCGGCAAGGACGCGCCGACGCUGGACUGGACGCAGCGCUACAACGUCGUCGCCGGCGUGGCGUCGGCGCUCAACUACCUCCACCACGAGUUCGACCAGACGGUGAUCCACCGCGACAUCAAGCCGUCCAACAUCAUGCUGGACUCGUCGUUCCAGGCCCGGCUCGGCGACUUCGGCCUGGCGCGCGCGCUCGAGUCCGACAAGACCUCCUACACGGACAAGAUCGGCGUUCCGGGCACCUUGGGGUACAUCGCGCCCGAGUGCUUCCACACGGGACGGGCCACGCGCGAGUCCGACGUCUUCGGCUUCGGCGCCGUCGUCCUGGAGAUCGUCUGCGGCCGCCGCAUCUCCUGCAGCAACCCGGCCGGGUGCAGCCAGCUGCUGGAGUGGGUGUGGAAGCUCCACGGCGCCGGCCGCGUCCUGGAGGCCGUGGACCCGCGGCUCGCCGCCGCCGGCGGCGGGUACGACGACGAGGAGGCCGAGCGGCUGCUGCUGCUGGGCCUGGCGUGCAGCCACCCGAACCCGCGGCAGCGGCCCAAGGCGCAGGCCAUCUUGCAGAACCUGCAGACGCGGUCCGUGCCGCCGCUCCCCGUGCCCAUGUCCAAGCCGGUGUUCAUGUGGCCUGUGCCGCUCGCCGACGGGGAGGAGGACGAGACGCAGACGUCCAUGUCGCACAGCGAGGUCACCAGCUCGGACGUGACCUCGUCGUCGAACUACCCCUACACGACGUGGUCGUCGGGGUAUACCACCCAGACGUUCCAGGUGAGCAGGGAGGUGCAGGACGCGGCGGGGAGGGACGUGACGACCGUUUGAGCGAGACGGGAUCCGUCGGCAUUGCAGCCGCCCGCAGGACGGGUCAACGACGGUGGCGCACGAGGGCAAGUGGACACAGGCGGAUUUCGCGGUUCCAUCAAGAGUCAAAGGCCGGCCCAUGGAGCUUGUGGCAACGUGGGUAAUGAAUCGGACAAAAUAAAGACGUCAACAAGGCCUUGUUUGGAUGUAGUCGGAUUCGCGAAUUCGCAUCAAUCCACAUGUGUUGGGGUGGAUUGGAGUGGAACUUGAACUAAAUUCCACCCCAAUCCACUCCAACACAUGUGGAUUGAGGUUAAUCCGACAACAUCCAAACAAGGCCCAAAUUGCACGCGAAAACGCGGACAAGGUCUCCGUCGUCGGAGAGGUUUAUUUUCCAUUGCAGCUUUGAGUGAGUAGCGUAGUGGGUCCUUUUUUCUGCAGCUGUUGCUUGGUUUGCUUCUUGGAAACCAACUGAAUGUAAAUACGUCUGUGUUUGUCACUUCGUCGGGGAAUUUUACCUUUGGGUGACCUCUUAUGUGCAGUAAUAUGUGCAGUAAUAUUUCAGAGUUUCAUUCAUGGUCGUGUUAAUUUCA